AGGUAUUGCAUUCGCUUUAGCAGCGUUUUUACCGCGGCUGCGCCUUCGGUUGCUGGUGCUCAGAAUGUACACAUGCUAUUUAAUCAGCUGCCAUUGAAUGCUUUGUUUAGGGUUUUGCCAAUGACAAAGGGUGUUGUGUCGUAUUCUUUUGAGUGCCCGUGCUGUGCUGCCAUGACAACCAUGGCCUCUCCCCUCACGUUUCUCCUCCUUCUCCUCCGAUUGGCUCACAGUUCUUUCCCAGAGGAGCCCGGUCCGCUCAGCUACGCUCCCUUAGAGGUGGUGAGGAGGUAUCCUGUGUUUGUGGGUAGAGCUCAUCAUUCCUCUCAGAGACAGGAGCUGCACAUUCAGACAGUGCUCCAGGUCAACCGCACUCUCUACAUAGGAGCCAGAGAUGAUCUAUACAGAGUGGAGCUGGACAAUACGUCAGGGGAUGAAAUGUUCUACAGCAAGAAGCGGACGUGGGAAUCCAAUAAGAAUGACAUUCGAGUCUGCAGGAUGAAGGGCAAACAUGAGGAGGAGUGUCGUAACUUCAUCAAAGUGUUGUUGAGUCAACAUGAAGGACUGUUUGUGUGUGGAACCAACGCCUUCAACCCUUUGUGUGCCAACUACACUAGAGACUCUUUGGAGAUGGUGGGAGAGACGGUCAGUGGGAUGGCUCGGUGCCCGUAUGACCCCAGACACGCCAAUGUGGCUCUGUUCGCAGAGGGCAGUCUCUUCACUGGUACUGUAACAGACUUCCUGGCGAUUGAUGCUGUGAUCUAUCGUAGCCUAGGCGACAGCCCCGCUCUUCGCACCGUCAAACACGACUCCAAAUGGUUCAGAGGUACACUGAGAUCCUUGGUUGGGCACAGACCUUGGGUCGUCAAGACUAUGGGCAGGUACCAGUUGACCGCAAUGGUGGUGGACACAGAGGCUGGUCCCCAUAGGAACCAUACAGUGUUGUUCCUGGGCUCCACGCGAGGGACCGUCCUGAAAUUCCUCAUCCUCCCCAGCGGAGAAAACUCUCCCACACACAGCAGUGUGUUUCUGGAGGAGGUGGAGGGAUUCAACCCUGAGAAAUGUGGAGAGGACUCUGACCAGGCCAGACAGUUGUUGUUUCUGUCUCUGGAUCGUCCAAGUCACACUCUGCUGCUGGCCUUCCCUUCCUGUAUGGUCAGACUGCCCACAGCACGCUGCCACCUACACUCACGCUGCAUGAAGAGCUGUCUGACCUCCAGAGAUCCCUACUGUGGCUGGACCAGAGGCAGCACCUGCUCCUUCCUCAGACCAGGCACACGGCUUCCAUUUCAACAAGACAGUGAGUACGGCAACUUCUCCCAUCUUGGAGACUGUGAUGGUGUCGUACAGCAGAGUCUGCUGAUCGAGCCGGAGAGCCUGGUCUCCCUCAACCUGCUGGUGGCAUCUGCAGUCUCAGCCUUCACCAUCGGUGCGGCGCUCUCGGGCCUGGCUGUCUGCUGGAUUAUGGCCCACAAGCCUGGCAACCGUCGCCACGGCAACAACACCCCCCAGUCCACUAUCCAGCGCCAGGAGAGGGGGAUGUUGACGUCAGGAGGAGGGAUGGGGGGAUCGGUCCUCAGUGUGACCCGUCAGGGAGGAGGCGAUAGACCCUGCUCUCAGGGCGGGGAGACCCUGUUUGUGAUGCCCAACGGCUGGGGGAAGUCAGGGGAGCUGGACCCAGGGUUCCUGCCUACUCCGGAGCACACGCCCCAGCAGAAAAGACGCGGGCUCAGGCUGUCCGAUUCUGGAUCAGGGGGGUGGGAUAACAGCCAGACCUACCUGGGAGGGAGUACCAUGGGGCUGGCGUCUCCCUGCCCUCUCCCUUGCCCCCCACACCCCUCCACCGCCGUCUACCUGACCACCAGACUAUUUCAGGGGGGAGGAGGAGGGAGGCACGGGGGUGAGGAGCGAGGAAGAGGAGGGGAGACGCCUCGCCAGCACUACGUGUGCCUGAGCAAGCCCCGGGGGGAGAAAGGCAGAAGUGGGACACCAAAGUCGGCACUUCGUAAGUCGGCAGGGGAGUACGUGUACCCCAUGACCCCCCAGGAUUCUCCGGAUAGGAGGAGGGUGGUGUCAGCCCCCAGCGCCCCUAUGGAGUUUGGGGAGCCCCUGCCACUCCGCUGGCCUCCCCAGGAAGGCUACAUCCUCAGCAGCCAGGGCAUGGUCCCUGUACCUCCAUCCUCCAUGCCCACCCCCAAAGGCCAGCAGUACGUGGCCCAGCACCACACCCCCGGGCCGGGCAGGUCUCAGCUGAGAGGGGCUUUGGGGAGAGGAGAGCUGGGGGAGCUGGUGGAUCUCAGCCAGCUGCUGAGUAAGAAGAGUUCCAAUGAGAGGACUCACAAUGGGCAGUGAUCAAGCAGGGAAACCAUGUCUCUUUCUACAUCUUUCUCUUUCUGUCUGUUCUACCUUUUCUCUCACUCUCUCUUUCUCUCUGACCUCUUUCUCUGUCAUUGUCAUUUAGUCCUACCGAUAUCUCUGUAUCUUGCUGGCAGACUCCCGAGGCUGUUCUCACUGGUGGACUCCUGAGGCUGCUCUCACUGGCGGACUCCUGAGGCUGUUCUCGCUGGCAGACUCCCGAGGCUGUUCUCGCUGGCGGACUCUUGAGGCUGUUCUCGCUGGCAGACUCCCGAGGCUGUUCUCGCUGGCGGACUCUUGAGGCUGUUCUCGCUGGCAGACUCCUGAGGCUGUUCUCGCUGGCAGACUCCCGAGGCUGUUCUCGCUGGCAGACUCCUGAGGCUGUUCUCGCUGGCGGACUCUUGAGGCUGUUCUCGCUGGCAGACUCCCGAGGCUGUUCUCGCUGGCAGACUCCCGAGGCUGUUCUCGCUGGCAGACUCCCGAGGCUGUUCUCGCUGGCAGACUCCUGAGGCUGUUCUCACUGGCAGACUCCUGAGGCUGUUCUCUCUGGCAGACUCCUGAGGCUGUUCUCGCUGGCAGACUCCUGAGGCUGUUCUCGCUGGCAGACUCCCGAGGCUGUUCUCUCUGGCAGACUCCCGAGGCUGUUCUCUCUGGCAGACUCCUGAGGCUGUUCUCUCUGGCAGACUCCUGAGGCUGUUCUCUCUGGCAGACUCCUGAGGCUGUUUUCCCUGGCAGACUGCUGAGGCUGUUCUCGCUGGCAGACUCCUGAGGCUGUUUUCACUGGCGGACUCCUGAGGCUGUUCUCUCUGUGACUGGUUGAUGCUGCUAUCACUCAUACCCUGCUGGGAUGUGAUUGGUCAGUGAAAGUGAGAUUGUUGCUGUGUCUGCAUUGCAGAGCUGCCUCUCCCCUCUGGCUGCUUAGAGAGGGGAGAGAGAGGAAGAGAGAGAGAUAGAGGGAUUGAAAGAGGUGAGAAAGAGGGAUGGAGAUGGAAAGAGAAAAGGGAAGGAAGAGUUUGCUAGACAGCAGAAUUCUUUCAAAAAGACACAUUAAGAGAGAACCAUAAAUAGGAAGGAACAUGCAAAGAGACCCAGAGACAGACACUUCCCUGUACAGCAAACAGGGCAACAAGGACUGACCGAACAACAUGGCCCCAGAGCUCACUGUCAGGUGUCAGAAGACGAGACCCAGUGGACAUUACUCCUACACAAUGUACUUUGUCCACCUUCCAGUGCAGACUGAUUGGCACUCUGACAAUAAGACAAUGGAGGACACUGAAACAUGAAUUGUAAACACAUUACUUUGAAGCAUUUUGCUGCAGGUGAAUGAAGCAGACACGCCCCUGGGCUCACACGUCAGUUCAACGUCUACUUUUGAUUUACACUUGAUUUACUACUCAUCCAAAACUCUGAUUUGGUUUGUAAUAAUGUGAAUUUAAUGUGAAAUCAAAAACGAAAAAUGUCACCAGGUCAUUGGAUUUAGGUGAAUAGUUGGGUGAAAAAAAUACCAAAUGCCCUUACGUUGAUUCAAUGUCAUCACAUAGAUUUCUGGGGUUGAAAUGACGUGGAACCAACGUUGAUUCAAUCAGUUUUUGCAGAGUGGGACUGUUCUCUCUCAGCGACACUGAGGUCAUUCUGACUCUGACUCUGAACGCCACGAGAUGAUCUGAUGAAGAGUGUCGAAAGGAAGCGGCAAUGAAGAUUUAAUAGCCUGCCCUCCAGCUGCCUCCCCAACACACACACACACACACACACACACACACACACACACACACACACACACACACACACACACACACACACACACACACACACACACACACACACACACACACACACACACACACACACACACACACACUUACUUACAGGUCAGUUUUAAU